GACCUCCUCACGCACAAACGACAAAUUCCACCGUCAACCACCAAACAAUAUUCCAGAGACACCUCAAGUCCUCGUUCUACACGACUUGAGAAUCUCCCUAUCCCAAAACCGCCAAAAUGGUCAAAACCUCGGUCCUCAACGAUGCCCUCAAGAGCAUCAACAAUGCCGAAAAGGCUGGCAAGCGUCAAGUCCUGAUCCGCCCCAGCUCCAAGGUCAUCAUCAAGUUCCUGGCUGUCAUGCAAAAGCACGGUUACAUUGGUGAAUUCGAGGAAGUCGACGACCACCGCAACGGCAAGGUCGUCAUCCAACUCAAUGGUCGUCUCAACAAGACCGGUGUCAUCUCUCCUCGCUACAACGUUGCCCUCAAGGAUCUUGAGAAGUGGGUUGUCAAGCUGUUGCCUUCUCGUCAAUUCGGAUACAUUGUCCUCACCACCAGUGCCGGUAUCAUGGACCAUGAAGAGGCUCGACGAAAGCACGUUGCAGGCAAAGUCAUUGGAUUCUUCUACUAGCCGUGUCGCGCUGAAAGGGCUUUUCUACAUGACAGGCAUGAGUGAGAAAUGAGAUACCCAAUAAGUUUUCUAUCGUGCUAGGUUUCUUCAUCGACUCCUACGCACCCAAUGAACUAGAUAGCCUCAAUACAUCAAGUCAAUGACCAAUCUAUGACAAGAGAAUA